AAUUGUGCUGCAAGUUUUGUGUGUGUGUGUGCAAUAUUUAUGUGGAACACUUAGAUUUGAAUAAUUAAAGCCAAGAGGUGUUUUCCUUUUUUAUUUCAAUGUUGUCGCUUUUUAGAAAACUGCCCACCAGUACCAAAAACACGUGGUGUAUAGUACAAAGGUUUCUGACAACAUUCUUUCAACAUUUUAUAUAGUAAACUAUUUGUGUGUUCUUAUCUACCUGCCAAUUACCGUAAUAACGGGGUUUCUGAAUUCAUUUUGAUACUAAAUAAAAUGCCGAUACAUGCAUUACAUGCUUUCUUGUAAUUAUGUUAAAGGGACUAAAAUUGGCAUUCGCUUGUUAAUAUAUUUUAUAAAGUGAUGAUGAAAUUAUGCUUCUAAGCUAAACCUUCAUUAUGAAUGUGAAAUUAAAUUCAUCUGAAUGUAAAUUAAUUUCAUAAGUUGCUUUAUUACAGGUAUGAAGGUGGUGUAUCCAUUUUAAAGGAUACCAUGCCGCUCUAAAAUUACACGUUCAUUGGAGUUUUAAAACAAUUUCAAAACUUUAAGCAAAUGUUGUCAACACUCAGGGAAACAGAAAAGUCUUCAUUUGCAACACUAGUUUUAUGACAAGGAAUUCUCUGUGUAGUCCAUUCUUUCUGCUCCUGUUACUACUACUGUGAAGUGCAGCUAAUAUCAGAUAUUUCACAAUAAAGUUCACACCAAGUUCCAAUUUCAUCCCACAGAAGUAGGUAGAUACUUUGCAUUUUGUUAGUAACUUACUGUACCAGUCAAGAUUACAUCUCUCACUAAGUUUUCUUUUACUUUCAUUCUUCUCCCCUUUCUUUGAAACCAUCUGAGGACUAUCCUACGGUAUUUAUCAGUUCAUGCCAUUUAAACAUUUUCUUAAUUUUCUAGAAAAUUGCAUCAACCUGUCUACCAGAAGUGUUGUUGCUUGAUGUCUACUGAAUAUCACAUACUGCAGGUUCAACUUUACAAACAGCAUCCUGCCUUUGUUUCUUCAGGGCCAGUUUCCCACAUCUUGUUGUGCAAAAAUAAUUCCAUUUUGGGAAUAGGAAUAAUAACACGGAGAUAAGAUUUGUGAUUCUCUAGUCCACUAUAACAUUUCUGAGUUACUGUUCAUAACUUAUGGCUGCAUUAGUUAAAUUGAUUUAAAUAUUUGUAUUUGCUUAUUUGGGGAAUAAUUUUUCAUAUUGCUACUGACACUUGUUUUCCUACUACUGAUAUAAAAGGAAGAAAAUGCCAAUUUGAUUGUUGCUUUAAUGGAUAUUACUACUACUUUAAAAUUAUGGAUUUUGUAGUUGGUACACUUUAGAAAACAUCCUCAAAGUACUAAAAAAACUGAGGAGACAUUCGUGGUAUUUAAAAUGUAUUGCCAAAGAAGAGUCUAAUUUAGUAAGUGAGAGAAUGGCUGCUGUGUAAAGUUGUACUGUGUAAUUGAAUGUAACUUUCAUAUUAAACAUUGUGUUGAAAUACCUCUUGAAACAUCAAAAGCUUGUUCCUUUUCCUGUUAAUUUUCCUUGUAUUUUGCAGUUUUAUUUAUUUCUAGUCCUUGCAUUCCACCUUUCUAAAUAACAGUAAAUCCAAAUAAACAACAAAACAGUAAAAUAACAAAAUAGUCAAGUUGUAAAACAAAGAUUCUCAAAAUAAUUGUCCUUUGCCAGUGUUAGCAAACACCACAUAUCUUGGGUUAAAUGGGGAGAGGAAGUAUAUUUUUGUAUUUGCUGUUUUAUAGCUCAGUACGAUUACCUGAUAUCAGGCUAAAGUCUAAAUAAUUAUUUGAAGGUCAGCACUGAGCUUAUAAGUCCAGUUUCGUUUCAGACAAGGAAGAAAAAGUGAGGGGUCAUGCUGGCAGGCCAAAAGGUAGGGGUGUCCUGCAGCGUGUUCCCCUUUAAACAGUCUGCCUCCUUUUGGAAUCAAUGGAAGGGAAAUCAAUUAAACCAGCUCCGGGGCAACAACCUCCUGGCUCCGUUCCAGAGAAGUACCAGCCCACCCUGACCGCUAUGAAAAACUGUCGCUGCAUAAUCAUGCCUUCAACUUGAACUCCCCGCUCUCUGCACCUGCGUACACACGUGCAGAGCAGGGAAGCCGAAGAAGUAAACAGUGGACCCGAAAGGCCGUGCAAGCGGCACCCGUCGAUCCGUGACGUUGUCGGUUGAGCGAUAUAAACACAGCGCUAGCUGCAGAAGGAAAGCGAAGGGAAAACAUGAUUUGUUGAUUUUGCAGCUCCGCCCAGUCUCCUCCCCGGAAAUAACUUGCACUGAAGAAGAGGGGCCUGGGAAAAAGGAAGCUUCUUUGCGGCAGCGGCUUUUGUACCGGAGCAGCUAAGAUGGCGUCGUCGCUAAAGGAGAGCGGGAUUCCUCUGAGUGCGCUAUGUCCAAAAUUUUUGCACACAAACUCAACCAGUCACACCUGGCCUUUCAGUGCUGCAGCUGAACUUAUAGAUAACGCCUACGAUCCUGAUGUGAAUGCAAAACAGAUGUGGAUUGACAAAACUGUUAUAAAUGAGAACACAUGUUUAACAUUCAUGGACAAUGGAAAUGGUAUGAAUGCAGACAAGUUGCAUAAGAUGUUGAGCUUUGGCUUCAGCGACAAAGUUGCAUUGAACGGCCGUGUUCCAGUUGGAUUGUAUGGAAAUGGAUUUAAAUCAGGAUCGAUGCGCCUGGGGAAAGAUGCAAUUGUUUUCACCAAGAACGGAGAAAACAUGAGUGUGGGCAUGUUGUCACAAACCUUCUUGGAAACUACAAAGGCAGAACAUGUAGUUGUUCCCAUUAUAACAUUCAACAAGAAACGGGAAGUAAUGAAACGUGAAAAAUCAGCAGCCAGCUUGAAGGCUAUCCUGGAACAUUCUCUUUUUCCUACUGAAGAGGAACUGCUUGCAGAGCUUGAUGCCAUUAUAGGGAAAAAAGGAACAAGAAUAAUUAUUUGGAACCUUCGAAGAGAGAAAAAUGAACAAACAGAAUUUGAUUUUGACACGGAUAAAUACGAUAUUAGGAUUCCUGCAGAUUUAGAUGAAAUAACAGGGAAAAGAGGAUAUAAAAAGCAAGAGAGACAAGAUCAGAUUGUUCCUGAAAGUGACUAUUCAUUACGGGCUUAUUGCAGUAUCUUAUAUUUAAAACCAAGGAUGCAAAUAAUUAUAAGAGGACAGAAAGUACAAACGCAACUAGUCUCCAAAAGCCUUGCUCACAUAGAGCGAGAUAUUUACAAGCCAAAGUUUCUGGCUCCCAAAACUGUAAGAAUUACUUUUGGAUUCAACUGUCGAAAUAAAGAUCACUAUGGAAUGAUGAUGUACCACAGAAACAGACUAAUCAAGGCUUAUGAAAGAGUAGGCUACCAGCAAAAGGCAAACAACAUGGGAGUAGGUGUAGUUGGGAUUAUCGAAUGCAACUUCCUAAAGCCAACCCAUAACAAACAAGAUUUUGAUUAUACUAAUGAAUACAGGCGUACAAUGCAAGCACUUGGUGAGAAGCUAAAUGAUUACUGGAAUGAGAUGCAAGCAAAGAAACUGGAUUAUCCUCCAGAAGAGUUGGUUGAAGAUUCCCAGAAGCGCCCUGAUCAAACCUGGGCUCAGUGUGAUUCAUGUCUAAAAUGGAGGAAGCUUCCAGAUGGACUGGAUAAAUUGCCAGAGAAGUGGUAUUGUUCAUACAACCCUGAUCCUCAGUUCAGAAAUUGCAAUGUGCCUGAAGAACCUGAAGAUGAUGAUUUAAUAAUGCCAUAUGAGAAAAAGUUUAAGAAAAGAGACAGGGAGAAAUUAAAGAAAAGAAUAGAGCUUAGCCAGCAGAUUUAUAAUGAAAUGUAUUUACAAACAACGGCUGCCUUGUCCAGUGCACCUCCAGUAAUGAGUGAAACUAUUCCAAUAUUUCAUGCAGAAGCUUCAAACGUGUCUCUUACGAGACCUCAAAACAAAUCCAACAGCACACCAGUAUCUUCUCCUCAUUCUGAUCCUGAAAAGAGCGUUAAACGAAAACUUUCUAAUGCUGACGCACCACUACCUUUUAAGAUCACACGAGUGACUAGCCAAGCAUUUGAGAAAAAGAAGCAAGAUGAUGAUGAUGUUAUCAUUUUGGAAGAGAACAGUACUCCAAAACCUGACGCUCUGGAAUGUGACAUCACGAUAGUAAAAGUUGAAGGUGGGGCUGAUGUUGAUUUCAGUAAUAUUGAGGGAGAAAUUUCCAUGAACAGAGAUGCUUGUUCAGAAACAAACGGUUCAAAAGGAACUGCAGGAACACAAACUGAAACGGAACAACUUGUAAUAAAAAAGGAAGACGGUGAGGGCAAUACAGAUAACCAACUGUCCAGGUCAGAACAUGAAAUAACACUUACGGAAAAUCUUCAUGUUUCGGAGGCUGAUAUUGUGAAUGCAGACAUUAAGAUAAAUGAAUUAAGCCUUCAACUGCUUUCAGCCAACAGUGAAAAAGAAAAAUGCCAAAAGCAAUGUGAUACAUUGGUUAAAGAAGUAAAACUGUUAAAGCAAAGAAUAAUGGAUACGGAUGGCAAGCGUGUGCAAAAGGAAAUAUGUACUCAGUCCACAGAAACAAAAAGUAUAUCAGAUGCAGAACUCAAAAAAGUUAAAGAAAAAAGUCAAGAAGAGAUAUUCGUUCUGUAUGAACAGGCAUUGAAAGAGAUGAGAACACUGAAAGAACAGUGUGAUACUCUGCAGAACUUAAAAUCUGAAUGCAGUAAAUGUAAAAACAAUGAGAAUAAAAGUGGAGCAGAUGACAUGGCUGUGCAACUUGGUGAUGUUUUCAGACAGCUGGACAACUGCAGCAUUGAAAGAGACCAAUAUAAAAAUGAGAUUGAACUACUGCUAAUGGAAAAAAAUCAGCUGGGCUUUCAGUGUGAGCAGCUGAAAUCAGAACUUGCAGAGUUAAAAACUAAUGGAGAAAGCCAGAAGCUGCGAUCCCUGCGAGUUAACGUGGGACAGUUACUAGGAACAAUAAUGCCUGAACUUAAUGUGCAGGAAAUCAAUCCCGACGUUGGCAUAGUCGAUGAAAUUCUAGGGCAAGUUCUGGAGCAGUUGCGUGAAAGCACUACUUAAUUUUGUUUCCCCUGCAGUCUCAACAUACCUUAUUGUCAAGUUUACAACCUGCAAAGACUGUUCAUUUUAGUGCCGUACUACACAUGAAAACUGGCCUGGUUUCCUUUUAGGCUGUUUCUGCUGCAAAGGGGCUGCUUUUUAUUGGAACUGUGGCUUCUGGGAUGGGGGUGAGGGUGAGGGUAACAUUUUCCUUCCAUACUGUGGUUUGUGACAAAAAUCACCCUUCCCCUGCAACAGCUACUAGCCCCAGAAGGUAAGCUACUGGCAAGUAGUAUUUUAUAGAGACCUGUGAGUAUUUUUAAACUUUGAUACAUGAUUAAUGAUACAUGAUCAAUUAUAAGCUGAUUAAAAGUAUUGUAAAACAACUGUUAUGUCACAGUAUGUUUCUAAAAGAAAUACCAACUCAUGUGCUUAAUUUUGAUAAAGUUGUCAAAAAUUACCAUAAAUAUUAUGUACCUUUCCAUUUUCUUGAAAGCAACAUUUUUCUAAUGAGUGGUUAUUGUUAGGGUGCCAGCAAGUAGGCACACUGAAGAGCAGCAGUCAGGGUUGGAUAAGCCAAGGUCAACAGUCUGGUCAGAGCCAGUUGAAGACAGACAGUUACGUGGGAGUCAAGAGUAGCCAAGGUCAGUUAAAGCCAGAAGUCCAAAAGCCGGGCUCAGGGAAGCCAGAUCAAGAUUACCGGCCAUUUGAUAACCUGCCUGACUGGGGCCUGGUUCUGGAUCGACUUGUUGCUGCAGUUCUGAUCUUCCCUCCUCCCUGUCAGAUUGCUCUUCUUCUGAGUGCUGCCACCAGUCUUCCCCAGGUGUGAAUUCCUCAGAUUCCUCUGUGGGGGCUUGUCAGGGGGAGCUAGCCACCACUCCUCCUCGUCUGUCUCAACCCUGACAGUUAUUGAUAUUUCAACCUUAUAGUGUAUUAUAUGCUGGUUAAGGGUAUUGCAAACCAAGUCUUUCAAAUUCUACUGUUUUGUUUAAUUAAAAGAUACUGCUUUUCAAAAUAUGGCCAUAUAGUUCUACGGAGCAAUUUUUACAUACUUUUUUUCUUUAAUUAUAUAUGUAUUUGUUUUUCAUUAUUCUCUGAACGCAUUGUAAAGUCUGGGUUUUAAAAAUGUGACUCUAUGGAGAAUGUUAUUUAAAUUUAUACUGUACAUUAAUACUUUGAAGAAAAGUGAAUAAAUGUAAAUAAAUUUUUAUUUCCAUGAAGUAAAUCAAAAUAUGUAUAUUUUGGACUAAAUGGGGGGCACAUCAUGGUCUUCUGGGUGACAAGAAGAAUCCUGUAACUGGGCAAAUGGUUCCCUAUUUUUUAAAAAAACCUGCUUUUUUGUUUCCUUCUAAUUAUGAGCAUUUACAGCACAGUCCUAAUCAUACCUACUCAUUGGUAAAUCCUACUAAAUUUAUUGGGCCUUACUCCCACAUAAGUACUUAAAAUUGUGUACUUGUUUAUCAUCUUAGCAAACUAAAUACUUAUCUCCAUAAUUCAGCAAGUUAACUUGAGGUGCAAUCCAAUAUUUUUUGUUUAAAUGUCAGGAGUUGUGACUUUACCUCAUGGGAUAGCAGACCCUUGCACCUUGUCAUGAACUUAUGAUGAAACUCAAUUGGUAUUUCAACAGCAUUCUGUCUAUAGUUUAUAGGGCUAGUCCCGAGGAACUCAUGUUCUCUUAGGCAUGUGGAACAAUUCAAUUCACGCAAAUUUUUGCCUUUCAGGCGAACUACAUGUGGAAACCUGGGUGUUUGGACUGAUGUCAAAUUCACAUCCAAUUCCUUUCUGAUAUAUGUAUCUACUUUAAAAGUGUGUGUGUGAAAACUAUACUUAUGCAAUAUAUGUUCUUUUCUUUGAUUCCUAAGAGAGGUUUUUAGGACUCUGUUUCUUUGAUUUGAAAUUAUAAAAUUGUAGACUUGGAAGGGAUCACAAGGGCCAUCUAGUCCAACCCCAUGCAAUUCAGGAAUCUGCCCAAAAAUGGGGCUCAGACCCACAACCCUCAGAUUAGGAGUCUCAUGCUCUACCAACUGAUCUAUUUGUUGAGGGUGAUCUUAGUUUGGGGGAUGGGAGUCGACUACUGCUUAGACUACAAUAGAGGCAAGUCUAGCAGGGGCUUUGGACAGAUGGAGAAGUCUCUUAUCUUUCUCACUGUAAACUCUAUUAAGUUGGGGUGGGGAAGGGUUACAGUUCUUGACAAGUUGAAAACUGCCCCACCAGAGAGAAAUAAUGGGGAGCUGUCAUUACAAGUUAACUUCCUAUGCCUCUCCAUCCAUUACAUUAGGGCUGCUAGAUGAUAGAAUGAGAUUUACUGGUACAUCUCUUGGUGAUUUACAAUUGAUCAGCAAGCUUUUCCACAUAUUAAUGAAAAAGCUUCUCAAUUAGACUGGUCAAGGAAACAAAAAUAUUUGGAGGGGAGAAUCAGAAGUGGAUUUUUGCACCAAAGGACUUGUUAGCUCAGUUCUGGAACCCCAGAGCUAUAUUCUUAGUGGUGCUCUUAUGCAUGUCCAUCUCACAAACCACCUCUGGGUAUCCUCCAGGUUAAUCAUAUGCAGCUCCUUCAACCGUUCCUCACAAGGCUUGAUUUCCAGACCCAUGAUCAUAUUAGUUGCUCUCCUCAGUGCACAUUCCAGCUUGUCAGCAUCCUUCUUAAAUUGUGGUACCCAGAAUUGGACACAGUACUCCAGGUGCAGUCUGGUCAAGGCAGAACAGUGUGGUACUAUAACUUCCCUUGAUUUUGACACUAUACUGUACUUCUGUUGAUACAGCCUAGAAUAGCAUUAGCUUUUUAUGCUGCUGCAUCACACUGUUGACUUGUGUUAUGCUUGUGGUCCACUAAGACGCCUGGAUCCUUUUCACAUGUGCUGCCAGUAAGCCAGGUGUCCCCCAUCUUAUAUUUGUGCAGCUGGUUCUUCCUGCCUAAGUGCAGAACCUUACAUUUGUCCCUACUGAAAUUCAUUUUGUUGGUUUCGGCCCGUUUCUCCAAUCUUUUGUCAUUUUGAAUCCUGAUCCUGUCUUCAGCGGCAUUCGCUACCCCUCCCGGUUUGCUGUCAUCUGCAAAUUUGAUGAGCAUCCCCUCAAUUCCUUUGUCCGUUGCCAUUCAAAUAGUGUGUACGAGGGGCAUCUUGUGACUGAUUAUGUGGGGCAGGGUUUCUUCCCCUCCCCCAAUAUUUUAUUCAAGUUGGCACACCUAGCAAGAAGUAUAGCGACAGGGAGAUGUAGCGAGAGGUGGCAUAACAUCAGUUUGACUUCCCUACUUGUAAUCAAAUCAGAAUAAGUUUUCCGUAUAUAGCUUAUGUCCCGAUCUACCUGCAAACAAAUUGGGAUGCAUGCACAAUGAACAGGCCAUCUGGAAGUGGCGCUCAAGAUGUGGAGCAGCCCAAUAAAACUCCCUAUUCAGUGACCAAGUCUGAACUAUGACAUUCCCUUCAGAUAUAUGUGCUUGGGCUAAUAUUAGGUAGGGAUAAACAUUGUGAGAUCCUUGAUGUUGUCGUGGGAAAGACAGAUGAAGACACAGCUCUUAAAACAACCAGCUCUUUAUUUCAGCUCUGAGUCCUGGACUGCACAAUAGCUUAGCCGGCUGGCUUAUAUAGUACUCAGUAACUUGCAAAAGUGUAAGGGACGCAGGUGGCGCUGUGGGUUAAUCCACAGAGCCUAGGGCUUGCUGAUCAGAAGGUCGGUGGUUCGAAUCCCUGCAACGGGGUGAGCUCCCGUUGCUCGGUCCCAGCUCCUGCCAACCUAGCAGUUCGAAAGCACAUCAAAGUGCAACUAGAUAAAUAGGGACCGCUACAGCGGGAAGGUAAGCAUCGUUUCCAUUUGCUGCUCUGGUUUGCCAGAAGCGGCUUUUGUCAUGCUGGCCACAUGACCUGGAAGCUGUACGCCGGCUCCCUUGGCCAGUAACGCGAGAUGAGCGCUGCAACCCCAGAGUCAGUCAUGACUGGACCUAAUGGUCAGGGGUCUCUACCCAAGUUGCAACAGUAACAAACUUCCCCUACAAAAUAAAAAAAUUCCUUCAGUAGCACCUUAAAGACCAACUAAGUUUUUAUUUUGGUAUGAGCUUUCGUGUGCAUGCAUACUUCGUCAGACUUAAGCUGUGAACAGGUAAAGAAUUUUAGGAUCUCUUCUGGUUGUAUUAAGCUGACCUGGAGACGCAGCGCAUAGUUAACGCGCCUUGCGACCUAUGUUUCGCCCUAUCUUUUUAGAGAGCUACUGUCGCUCAAAGGAACCUCUUUGCCAAUCCCAGCAGCACUUUAAAUGAGAGCAAAGCGGGUUUUCCCGGACAAAAGCCCUCCUGCAA